AUGACGUACUACGCCGGUCCCACCGGGCACCCAGCUGGGGGUCGCUUGUUCCGGCACAAGCUCACCCCGCAGGAAGAGGAAAUUAUUCGCGUGUCCUUCGAUGCCUUCAGCCAGGAGCAGCUGGAUGAUAAGGGAGAGACCAUCCUGGACGAGAAAACACGGGAGCCCGUGAGAGUCAUUACAAUAGACUCGUUGCGACAGGCAUUUUCGCUGAUCGAUGCCUCUAGCGACAUCCACGAUGUCCAGCUCAUGAUUGACGAUAUCGACGCCAACAAUGAUGGCAGGAUUGACCAAAAUGAAUGGCGGGGAAUAAUGAGCAGAAAGCUCCUGGGCGAAGACAGCCUGACAUCAGCCCCCCACACAUUCGAGGCCUUAGAUGACAACAAGGACGACUAUAUUCCAGGAGUUGAGCUCCGAGCACUUCUGAUGAAGGAGGGCCAGGCGCCGCUGAGCGAACAGGAGGUGGACGAGCUACUUCUCUUCGCCGACCCGGACCAUGAUGGCCUUGUGAAUUACAAGGAGUUCCUCAGGUGGCUGAACAACCCAUACCUGCACCACAACUACAGCGACUGCUUGCAGCGCCACGCUGGCAGAUCUCGGCUGGACAGCUUGCGAAACUCGGUGAACACAACUGUGCAGCACAGGGAUGUCAGGCGCCGCCGAGAGAUGGCUGCCCGUGCACGUGUGAAGGAUUCCGUCCGGAAAAGGCGGAAGCAACGUACUGUAGGACAUUUUGCCCGUCGCUUCCCUUUUGCAUUUUCUUGUCACAGAGUGCUGCUCCUGGCCUUCGUUUCACUACGGAAGAUGCGUUUGACAGACGAGGUCGGCACAACUUUGUAA